CUAGCGAGAGCAGCUCCCUGCGGACCCCCGCGACCCGGCGACCUCGGCCACUAUGCCGCGCUCCUUCCUGGUCAGGAAGCCUUCCGACCCCCGCCGGAAGCCCAACUACAGCGAGCUGCAGGACUCGUCCCUGGAGUUCACCUUCCAGCAGCCCUAUGACCAGGCUCACCUGCUGGCCGCCAUCCCGCCGCCCGAGGUCCUCAACCCCACAGCCUCCCUGCCCACCCUCAUCUGGGACUCCCUCCUGCUACCCCAAGUCCAGCCGCUGGCCUGGGGUGCCCUGCAGCCCCAGGAGAGCCCCAAGGCGGCGGUGGAGCUGACCUCGCUGUCGGAUGAGGACAGCGGGAAGGGCUCGCAGCCGCCCAGCCCGCCUUCGCCGGCCCCGUCCACCCUCUCGUCCACCUCGGCCUCUUCCCUGGAGGCCGAGGCCUACGCCGCCUUCCCUGCCUUAGGCCAACUGCCCAAGCAGCUGGCCCUCCACUCCCAGCUCUCCGCGGCCAGGGACCCCCAGGCCCGCAAGGCCUUCAACUGCAAAUACUGCAACAAGGAGUACCUCAGCCUGGGCGCCCUCAAGAUGCACAUCCGGAGCCACACGCUGCCCUGCGUGUGCCCCACCUGCGGGAAGGCCUUCUCCCGGCCCUGGCUGCUGCAGGGCCACGUCCGCACCCACACCGGUGAGAAGCCCUUCUCCUGCCCCCACUGCAGCCGGGCCUUCGCCGACCGCUCCAACCUGCGCGCGCACCUGCAGACGCACUCGGAGGUGAAGAAGUACCAGUGCCAGGCGUGCGCGCGCACCUUCUCCCGCAUGUCCCUCCUGCACAAGCACCGGGAGGCGGGCUGCGCCGCCGGCCCCCGCUGACCCGCCCUCCCGCGCCUCUCAGCUGCGCGGCGUGUGGGGCCCGCAGGACUUUGGCUCUGACCUCUGCCCCGGCCUCCGGGGCCGUCCGUGGGGACGGGAUGGCCGCCCCGCCGGGCCCUCGCCCUGGAGCCGCCUCCGGGGGCCCCCGCCUCGGGUGUGCGCAUCCAGAGCUGUUCCACGCAGCUGCUUUGAGCUACAGAAGCCAUCAGACCGGGACGCUCCCGCCCCCACUCGGGGGACCCCGCUGCCCCCCGCCCCAGGAACCCUGGGUGCAGCCCUGCAGCAGUCCCACCCCACAGGGGUGGGCAGGAGGCUGCCUGGACUGGAGGCGGCCCCCCCGUGUGUCAUGGUGACGCCUGGUUCACCCUCAGGGACCGAGUGAUAGCCAUCGCCUGGCCCAGCAAGGCCCCCAGAACCCCCACACCUCCUCUGGGGCCGACAGGCGUCCUGGGAGCAAGAUGUUUACAUUUUUAAAGGUACACUGGUAUUUAUAUUACAAGCAACAUUUUGUAUUA